AUGAACUGCAAGGAAGAAGAUGACAACUGCACUGACGGGAGCAGUAAUAACACGAAGAAGAUGUUAAAAUGCGUGGUGGUUGGGGAUGGUGCAGUUGGGAAAACCUGUUUGCUGAUGAGUUACGCCAAUGAUGCUUUCCCAGAGGAGUAUGUCCCCACUGUGUUUGACCACUAUGCAGUAACUGUGACUGUGGGAGGACAACAACACUUGCUGGGACUUUAUGACACUGCAGGGCAGGAGGACUACAACCAGCUGAGACCCCUGUCCUACCCCAACACGGACGUGUUCUUGAUCUGCUUCUCGGUGGUGAACCCCGCCUCGUACCACAACGUCCAGGAGGAGUGGGUGCCCGAGCUGAAAGUCUGCAUGCCCAACGUACCUUAUGUCCUCAUAGGAACACAGAUUGAUCUCCGGGAUGAUCCCAAAACUUUGGCUCGGCUGCUUUACAUGAAGGAGAAACCACUCACCUACGAGCACGGAGUGAAGCUAGCGAAGGAGAUUGGAGCACAGUGCUAUCUAGAGUGCUCAGCCCUCACGCAGAAAGGCCUUAAGACUGUCUUCGAUGAAGCAAUCCUGACCAUUUUCCACCCCAAGAAGAAGAAGAAGCGUUGUGCAAAAUGCCACAGCUGCUGCACCCUUGUGUGAUGUCACUUGGAAAGAAAAACAAGAUGAGUUCAAUGAAACCAAGCAGGUUAGAAAGGCAAUGAAGGUCACAUGCAACUGAAAUGGGGAA